CAACUGGAAGUAAAGAUGGACUUCCUCGGUAUUGGCAAACUUAUCAAGCCAUCUGAUAUUACACUGGGAGGCUGUGCUCCAACAGGGCAGGACGAUGACUCAAAAGUGCUACUGUUUGAAACUCCACUGCAUGGGUGUGGAAGCGCUCUACAGAUGUCUGAGAAUUUGCUAAUUUACAAUUUCGUUUUAACCCACAAUCCUACACCAUCUGGUGACGAGCCUAUUGUGAAGACCAACAGUGCAACAGUACACAUUGAGUGUCAGUAUUUAAGGUUCCACAAUGUGAGCAGCAAAGCCCUCAGUCCUACCCGGAUCCCCUUUGUUGCCACAAAGAUGAGUGAGGAACGUCUGGCUUUCUCCUUAAAGCUUAUGACUGACAACUGGAGGUUUGCCAGACCUUCUAAUGUGUACUUUUUUGGCGACACACUGAACAUUGAGGCUUCAGUUCUGUACAAUUAUGGGCCUUUGCGCGUUUUUGUGGACUACUGCGUGGCCUCCUUGGUACCUGAAGCAAAUGAACCUCCCAUCUAUGGUGUAAUUGAGAAUCAUGGGUGCUUGAUGGACUCGAAGCAAACACAUUCCAAUUCUAAAUUCUUGGCCAGAGUCCAGAAUGACAAACUUUACUUUCAACUGAAGUCUUUUCGCUUUGCACAGCAGGAACAAGGUCCAAUCUUCUUAACCUGCAUGUUGAGAGCAAUUGCAGUCCCAGCAGCUGUGGAUGCUGAAAACAAAGCUUGUUCUUUCUCAGAUAACAGAUGGACAUCUGCUGAUGGCAACGAUGAGGUUUGCAGCUGUUGUGACACCACUUGUUCUUUAAGAAAGGGACGGGCUCUAAAAGGUUCAGAGCACCAAGAUGUUGUUACAGUUGGUCCGGUAGUUUUCAAAGAAUAUCGCUUAACUUCUGAUGUUCCUUCAGACCAGACAACAAUUAAUGGUAUGAUCUCUCAUUAA